AUGGUCGUGUCUGAAGUUUCCGAGAUAUUCCCAAGGGACAGUCUACAUGAAGGUCAGCAUGUCACCAAGUCGGUCCGGCGAUUCCGUAUCGUACGGAACCUGGACAUUGCGUUCCACUCGCUGCAUAGGGAGACUAAUGUCCCUUGGGACGAGCCUCUAUUCGAACCCAGUCCACCCAUGAUCCGAUUCGCUCACUACCAUGGGAUGGAUAAGCUGAGCAUGACAUUGUCGUUGCGGAAUAAGGACACUGUGUCGAGGCGUGUGCAAAUUCUACCUCCCCAAGUGGACCACUUCAAGGUUACUCGUAAGAGCGGCAAGGAUCGAUACGAUCUCGUAGCCCCCGGCAUGGAAGUGUCGUUUCUCAUCAAAUUUCAUCCCGAUACCCGAGCUGAUUAUUGUCAUGAUCUGGAAGUCGUCACCGAGCGAGAGAUAUUCAUAGUCCCUAUACGAGCCUUCGCGGGCGUGCCAAAGCUCGAGGUUCCUCGACGACUCGAUUUCGGCAAUGUCUUAGUAAAACACGGCGAGUCUCGCGUGGUAUAUGUGAGGAACGUUGGCGAUGUAGCUGCUCAGUACUCCGUCCAUUUAGGCCCCGACGAACGCUCUCUCCAAGAUUCAAUUUCUGAUGUAUUUUACUGCAUCUCGGGCGGCAGCGGUUUCGUAGAAGCGGGUGAGGGUGUUCAGCUGGAGCUGGGUUUCAGGCCGACUGCUUUGGAACACUACUGUGGGACUGUUGCUAUUCGGUAUUUCAACCCAGGGGAGACCAAUUGGUCGCUACCGAGCGAAGACCAUCGGACCAGCGGAACUCAGACGAGCAUUGUAGAGUGCGAGGGGACAGGAGUCACUGGCGACGUUGAAUUCAGCGCCAGAAGUAUUCAAAUGGACAAUACCUACAUCGCACUAAGUACGGUUUGUGGGAGCGACCGAAAUGGUCGGAAAGUGGUUCUCGUUAAG